AUGAGCAGCGCCGUGCCCACGACCGGCCUCAGCACCAGCGGUACUCCAUGGCGCUCGCGCGCGAAGGCCGAGCCGCAACGCACUGCGCACACUUCGCUCGGCUCGUGGUUUCUGAGCAAGUUCACGGGCGCGUACAAGGGCAAGACCAAGUUCCUGCGCGACCACGAAGAAGAGGCGGCAACAGGCACAGCACGGACGACCGCAGCCGGCGCUACGGCCACUGCUGUGCGACGGCGGCCAGUGGGGACACUGAGUGCUGUGACCAAUCAGCAGCAAGCGAACGCUGCGCGCCGCGGAGAGAUGGGGCAGGCGCCGUCCACGCUGAGGCGUCAGCAGAGCUUUCUGCGGCAGCAGCUGCUCGAGAUGAAGCAGCAGUCGGCCGAGACGCUGGCGCGCGCGCAGAAGCGGAUCAACGGCGAACUCAUGGACGACGAGCGAGGAGACGACGAGACGAGGGACAGCGACGCAGACAGUGACAAGGACAAAGACGAGUGUGGAGAGGAGGAGGAGGAGGAGGACGACGACGACGAGGGCCGUGCACGUGGUGGUGGAACGGGUGCAGCCGCGACGGGUUUCGUUGAUGCAGCUCGAGAGAGCUGGAGCAGUGAUCCUGCGCGGUCGCGGAGCUCGUCGUGUCGACGAUCGCGGACGUCAAUGCGUCGGCGGAGCGCUGCAGAGGAGCAGCAGGAGCGGGACGACGAGAUGCUGGCGCACGAAGUGCAGCGAGACGAGUACUCGGAGGAAGCAGAUCGACGCAUGAGUCAGGCAACGCAGCUCUAUGCGGAAGCGAUUAGCGCGUUGGACUUUGCGUUGCGGCCAGGACGGAAGCGUCAUCACAGUGAGCCGUCGCCCAAGCCGCUGCUGCUGGGAGUGAAGCGAGGCAGUCCGAACAUGCCCAAGAGUGAGUGGGUUUGA